CCUGGGGGGAGGGGACAGCGGAGGAUUCUGGGAGCAGGAAGAAGAGCUGAGCAGCCGGAAGGACACGAUGCUCCCCGCUCUCCGCCAGGCGAGCCCCCCGCCGGCAGCUCGAAAUGCCCGGGACACGGACAGCUGAGACCCAUCGCCGGUCGCAUUUUCCACUAUGUGCAGACUGUCUGUAUUUACAGAAGAUAUAUAAGAAAGACAAACUUUAUUUUGGAAAGGUUUUUUGAUUCCAGUGGAAUCUGUGCUUAAGCGCCCUACCCUUUGCUUUGCAAGAUCCUAUUUUCAAGCGGGACAACAUGCCUGUACAAGCUCCACAAUGGACCGACUUCUUGUCCUGCCCCAUUUGCACGCAGACCUUCGACGAAACCAUCCGGAAGCCCAUCAGCCUGGGCUGUGGGCACACCGUUUGCAAGAUGUGCCUGAACAAGCUUCACCGCAAGGCUUGCCCGUUCGACCAGACCACCAUAAACACCGACAUUGAGUUGCUGCCUGUCAACUCUGCCUUGUUACAGCUGGUGGGAGCUCAGGUACCUGAACAGCAGCCGAUUACCCUGUGCAGCGGCGUGGAGGAUACCAAGCACUAUGAGGAGGCCAGAAAGUGUGUGGAAGAGUUGGCAUUAUACCUAAAGCCCCUCAGUACAGCCAGAGGUGUUGGUCUAAACAGCACCACACAGAGUGUGCUGAGCCGCCCCAUGCAGAGGAAACUGGUGACUCUUGUUCAUUGCCAGCUGGUGGAAGAGGAAGGACGUAUUCGAGCGAUGAGAGCGGCCCGUUCCCUAGGAGAGAGAACAGUUACUGAGCUUAUACUUCAACACCAGAACCCCCAACAACUCUCCUCUAACUUGUGGGCGGCCGUUCGUGCCCGCGGUUGCCAGUUCCUGGGACCAGCCAUGCAGGAAGAAGCCUUAAAGCUUGUCCUCCUGGCUCUGGAAGAUGGAUCUGCACUCUCGCGGAAAGUCCUGGUUUUGUUUGUGGUGCAAAGACUGGAACCGCGCUUUCCACAAGCCUCGAAAACUAGCAUUGGGCAUGUUGUCCAACUGUUGUACAGAGCCUCUUGCUUUAAGGUGACAAAGCGUGAUGAGGACUCCUCUCUGAUGCAGUUAAAGGAGGAGUUUCGCACUUAUGAAGCUUUGCGCAGAGAGCAUGAUUCUCAAAUUGUGCAGAUCGCAAUGGAAGCCGGCCUGCGCAUUGCCCCAGAUCAGUGGUCCUCACUCCUUUAUGGGGAUCAGUCUCACAAGUCCCAUAUGCAGUCCAUAAUUGACAAGUUGCAGACCCCAGCCUCGUUUGCUCAGAGUGUCCAGGAACUGACCAUUGCUCUGCAAAGGACUGGAGACCCUGCCAAUCUCAACAGAUUACGACCUCAUUUGGAGCUGCUGGCCAAUAUAGACCCAAGCCCUGAUGCUCCACCUCCAACAUGGGAGCAACUAGAGAACGGUCUAGUGGCUGUUAAGACUGUUGUGCAUGGGCUGGUUGACUACAUCCAGAACCACAGCAAGAAGGGGACUGAUCAGCAGCAGGUGAGCGAGGCACGGAGCUACCACAUAAUCCAGCCUCCGCAGCACAGCAAAUACAAGACCUACAUGUGCAGGGACAUGAAACAGAGGGGAGGCUGCCCCCGUGGGGCUAGCUGUACCUUUGCCCACUCGCAAGAAGAGCUGGAGAAAUUUAGAAAAAUGAACAAGCGCUUGGUUCCUCGCCGGCCACUGAGCGCAUCCCUUGGUCAGUUGAAUGAAGUUGGGUUGCCCACUGGGGGAAUACAUUCAGAUGAUGGACCUAUGGAUUUACCUAGCCGGAAACAAGGUGGCCUUCCCAAUGGCAUCGUGUCAGGGAGCUCUGUGACACAACUGCUCUCCCGGGGUACAGACUCUGGUUACGAUUCUGGCCUGAAGCCUCUUAAAAUGGAUCAUAUAAGCAACAGCAGCCCAGGCUCGCCCCCAGAAUUGCUGGACUCCGUCCCCAAGACGUCCAUUCCUGCCUUACCCGUCAGCUCUCACCAAUCUUCUCAGCGUGUUUCUGGUGAUCUGCCCCCAUUGCCUGUAUCUAAGCAGAUUCAUAUGGUAGCACGGGGUUCCCAAAUUUAUGCUCCUCCCCAGACUGAUAUGUUUUAUGCAGACCCUAGGGGAGGAGGUCCACCUUUUGAACCUGUAACCUACCCACCAAAUGUUUAUUACCCACCUCAGACUGUGUCACGCUUUGUGAGACCUCAGCCAUCCGCCCCUGAAUCCACCCCUCCCUACCUCGACCACUAUGCACCCUACUUACACGACAGGGUUGUUAGCACACAGUAUGGGAACCCCGCUCAACAGUACUCUCCCAUGAGCCAGCCUAUGUACACAACACACUACGACGGCCGCCGUGUAUACCCUUCUGCUCAGCAAUCCUACCCAAGAGAAGAAAUGGUCCGUGCCAGUCCUGUGCCACUGGACAUGCCACCCAACAGUGGUUCUCCUUAUGUACCCGAAGCCAGAGAGCGGUACCAGCAAGUAGAAGGCUAUUAUCCUGUGACUCCACACCCGGGACACAUAAGACCACCCUAUAAUAGGGAAGCCUACAGCCGCUUGCCUCCCCAACAUCAAUCACAGCCCCACCCCAGCCUUGAUGACCUUCACCGACGUCGCAAGGAGAUCAUGGCUCAACUGGAGGAAAGGAAAGUGAUCUCCCCACCGCCAUUUGCUCCAUCGCCCACACUCAAUCACCCUUUCCACCCAGAUGAGUAUCUUGAUGAGGAACUGAAGGUUUCUGGGAAGUACAAAGGCAACGACUACAGCCAGUACUCUCCCUGGUCCUGUGACACGAUUGGUUCCUACAUCGGAACCAAAGACGCCAAACCCAAAGACGUUUCUGCUGGAGGCAGUGGUGAAGUAUCUAAUGUUGACAGCAAAUCCCUAAGGGAUCAGCGCCUUGAGAUCCAGCGGAGAGCUACUGAUGCAGGGGAGGAUGAUCUCAUUCCGUUUGGUGACCGACCCACAGUAUCCCGUUUUGGUGCCAUCUCCCGCACCUCCAAGGCGUUGUACCAGCAACCAGGCCCUAUGUUGCAGGCUCUGGCAGCCCAAGGUGCGGCUACCAAAUCCAGCAUUACUGAUUACAGUCUAUACAGCAGUCACAACAACCUUGGAGGUCCUUCAUACUCUCCACAUCAAAACCUUCCUCAGGGACCUAUGAGUGAGAGAGAGCGAAUAUCCAAACCUUUACCCACAUCCGAGAGAGAACAGCUCAGGAUGGAACUUCAGCAGCUGAACCAACAAAUCAGCCAACAGACUCAGAUGCGAGGCAUGGAGGUUGCAAGUAACCGCAUGUUGGUGCAGAGAGAGUCGUCAUCUCUAGCAAGUCAACAGCAGCCACCUCCUCCACCACCAGCUAAGUGGUCCAGCAUGUUGUCCAAUGAACAACUCAGCCUUGAGCUGCAUCAAGUGGAGCGUGAGAUUGGGAAGAGAACACGAGAACUUAGUAUGGAGGGUCAUUCCAUGGGCGUGAAGAGCAAACCAGAUGUUAUGAAAGUGGAGAAUGGGCAACUGGAGCCGCAGACCAAGGUUCUAUCACACGACCUCCCACUGACAUUCAGCAAUGAGGUGCCAAAUGGAUCUAGCUUGGCCCAGGACAUCACCAUGCUAUCUGGCAAGGCUGCUUCAUUAACCCUUUCAGAGGAUCCCCAGGCCGGUGGGGAUAAAAAUGAGCCCAUGAGAUCUGGGGUCAACUCCACUACUGCUCCGUAACAAGCAAAGGCAGUCUAUACCCCACACACUAAAUCCUUUAAUUUUAUCUGAAGGCAUUUUAGCCUAGUGAGAAGUGUGUGUGGGGAGAGAGAGAAAAUAGAAACUGCAUAUUUUCAAGGGUUAUUUGUUUGUUGCUUUUUUGUUUUUGUUUUUUUGUUUGUUCUUUUUAUUUUAUUUUUACUUAGAGGGGGAGUUCAGAGCAUUUGGGUGUUGGUUAUCAGAAAAAAAAGUUAAUAUUAAAGAGUUGCUUACAUAGCCCCGUUUUUGGGGGUCAGAGAUGGGAAAAACCGGUUACCCUGCUCUCCCAAAGCAUGAGACUACAUGUAAAAUGUGCAUUGAAAACACCACUAGUAAGAACGACCACUGCACAUAUUUUCACAUUAACACAUUUUUUAAUAAAAAAAAUAUACAGAAUACAAAAUAUAUAUUGGAAAAAAAAAAAAAGACACAGAUGAAAAUUAGCAGUAUCUGCAAGCAAUUCAAGAUUAGUUGUUUUUGUUCUGUGAAUGAACUUAAUUUUAAUACCUUUGGAUGCCUUGGAUGCAAGGCUUUAAAGACAAAAAAAGGAAAAUAUUAUAUAUAUAUAUACUCUGUUUGAUUAAUUGUACGAUCUUAUUGCUGUAGAUUUACAUUUAUUUUUUCUUGUUUUAUUUGGAUGGUAUUACAUAGCCAGGACAUCUGUGGGUCCUCUUAGCCCAGGGUUUAUCAUGCCUCCACGACAGGGAGAUUCGUUAUUUCCAUGGCUGCUUUCCUACUGGCUCUUUUUUGUACUCGUCUUUUGUGUGACCUGCCCACGGAUAUAUGUGGUUUUCAAAACCGCUUCUUUAAGAUCAUGGCUCUUGGCAAAUGUGAAAGAUCUAUGUUGAAAAUGUUUUCAAUGCAAACAUUGUUUGUCUCCCUGAAGCAUUCAUAUAAAGGUGGUGUCACACAGCCACGUUAAACAUUACAGUUAACGUGUAGCAUGUAAUUGUCCCAAGUAGGACCUACUAGUUUUGUAUGAGUAAUGGAGCCUACACAUCUGUGAUUGAUUACAUCAGUUCCCCCUUGUGCCGCUGACUGGGUGAGGUCAUCGCAAAAUCCAGUGUUGGAAUACCUCGAUUCGCCAUUUCUGACCCAAAAAUGAUCAUAAUCAGCGAGUUAGGGAUUUUUUUUACAUGCUGGAUUUUGCAGAUCCUCCGACAAAUUGACUAUCAAAGUCCGCAGAUUGUCAUCAGAUCGUCAUUGAUAGAACGGGGAAUCGGCCCAUAUAUUUAUUGUGUGCAUAAUGUGGAGAAAAUGUCAUAUGAUAUUUUAAUUGUUGGAGCCAUUUUUUAAACACGUUGACAGCAAUGACUUAGGCUAGUGUGCAAAGUACUCGGUAAAAACGCUUUACAAUUGGAGUCCGCCACUAUUCAGCAGACCCUGUGGCACAAUGUGAGAUUUGAACACGCUGCUUUUUCCCAGCUAUAAUAAGUAAAUGCUACAGAGACUGGGUAUGAAGCUGGAAAAGUGCCCGUUUAACACUACCCCUGGAAAUGUUAUCUAUUUGUUACUGUUGCAUUUGCAGGAAACCACUCUUCCUUAGACAGGUCUACCCUGCCUGCUAUUUAUACUCCCUUCUGUGCUUUAUACCAAAGCUUUUUGUACCAUCUAAGCAAAGCUGCCGUGGAUUUCAUGUCUCCCCCCGCCCCAUAGCUAGAACACAUCUCUGCUCCCUGUUGGUACCAUUGUACCUACAGUAGAGCUUAUACUGUGUUGUAUACGAUGGUCACAAAAAAAUACUUCUAUGUGUUUGGUGAAAUACACAGAAUGCCACAAAAAUAUAAGUCACUGUAUUGCAUCAGCGUUUCAAGAAGGGAUUUGUUAAAGUUUCAAGACAAAUCAUUGACAUCUGCAUUUAGAAGCCAUCUUUUAAAAUGGUUUCAUAUAAGGAUCCAUAUAGCUCCUUCAUGCAACUAGUAGCCUUUAGUAAGUAGCCAGGAUACAUAUUUUAUCUCUUGUGGUGGGCAAGGGAGAGAUGGUAGAACAUAUGUUAUUCCUUCUUCUGAACAGCGAAGUGGGUUUCUUCCAUUCUCUUCCCAAUGGGCAGACAUCCGGCUAUGUAAUAACUUCCCGCAUCGUUCUGGUGGGGUAAAAGCGAGAAUUAAUUACUUUAUGUUCUUUGUAUUUUCUUAGUGUUUUUCCCCCUAUUUUUUCCCCCCUUCCUCUCUCCAGUUUCUCCUAAAUCUUUAACUCCUGCUGGGUCAGUGUCCGCCUCAGCGUUACGUUCCGUGAAUCCUAUUUAGAAAGAAGUGUAAAAGGAAUUUGUACAAUAUAUGUACUUUUAUGAUCCAAAUGACGGAUGGGUUUUCGGGUUCCUUGCAUGCCUACCAGUUGACGUUUCCAUACUGAAGGUGCUUGGAAAAAGAGCGCCUGUUUGAUUUUCCGUAUUGCCGGGAGGAGGCAACCGCGUUUAAUAUACUGUUUCACAUUGAAUUAAAUUGAACAUUUGGGACCUGCUGGUCACACAUUUGAUAUUUACAUAUACUGGCUUGGAGUUCAAGCUAACUUUUUUUUUUUUAUUAAUUUAAAUAAAAUACCAUAGCGUUAUGUGUGUUUGUGUAUGUCUGCAAUUAUAUGCGAACACAUAUAAUAUGUUUUAAGGAUUUAUUUUUUCUUUUUGGAUGAGUGCAACUUCUAGGUGCUUGGAGAUCUGCGCACUUUACAGCUAAGAACGUGUCUUUGCGCAGUUGUAGAAGAUGAGAUUGGAAAUUCAGAUUCAUCGAUUUUAAGCGAAACAAACCUAGGUUCAAUUUGAAUUUGUAACGAUUGACUUCGUGCUAUGUCCUAUUUAUCUUUAAGGUAGCUGUAAUCACCUCUUUGUAACUGUGGAUAUUGAAAUAAUUUAAAUGUGCUUACAAUAGGUUUUAAGGUAUUAAUUUACAAAGGAAUAUAUAUAGAGCAGCUCCUCCUGUUCCUUUGCUGUAGGGAAUUAGCUUAAUAUAAUAUUACAACAGCUUGGGGUACAUCUUCCCUAGCGUUGCUUGGAGAAUCCCUACCAAUGACUGGCACAAAUUGCCCUGUAAGGGUAUAAAAUGUUCUUCAGUGACUGAGCAAUAAAAAUACAUUUAUUGCCAUCUUUCAGAUGUUUAAACUGGGCUACGUUUCCUAGUUCUCCUGUUACAUCUAUAUCUUUUACUGUUAGUUUUACGCUCUGCUUGUAGAGCAUUAAAGUUCUGUCUUGACUUGGCAUAACUUAAAAUCCAUUUAAUGUUCUGUGCCACAAUUUCAUUUAAAUUUUACUUUGCGACCUUUGAUUGGGGUCUUUGGACCUCACCAAUGUCUUACCAACCAAUCGUCUGCAUACUCACUGCAACUGUCCGCAACUGUCCCUCUGGCAGUUACGGCUGCGGUCAGUGGUUGCGCUGCUGCAGUUACCUCCACAUAAUAAUAAACCAUCUGGUUUGAGUCUUACACUCCUUACCAAUAUCCCCCCCCCCCCGUUUUUACGUUCUUAUUUCCUUCCCCAGCAUGUUCAGACUCUCUACUCCUACAAGCUGCCUCAUCAAAACUACUAAGAGAAGGGGAAAAAAAAAGAGAUAAUGAAAAAAGCAUUCAGACGAAUUUGUUUAGCAAAUAACUUCUGUGAAGUUGCUGUUUUCUAAUGGUGUUAUAACUCAAUAAUGUAGAAACGUGGGGAAGCUUUCAACUGGUAGACAUGGUGCACAGUAGCUGGGAUCUCUGUGUAAUAAAGAUUAGCACACUGCUGUGUUAAGACCUGAAGAAGUCUUGAGUCUUGUGAUCAGCCUUUUACUUGCUGUCUCUCACUGCUGGAGAGAUCUGUAGACCAAUGCGAUGGCCCCUCAAAGCAAAACUACUGCCAGAAGGGGUUAAUGAGGCAGUGUUCUAAAGGUCUCUCUACUAGACAUGCUUCAUCGUGUCACCUUUAGCAAUUAUUCCAGCGUUGCUGUAUACAGUGAAAGUGUCUGGUUUCCUAGCUUGCUAUAUUCAGACAAUGUUAUGCUACGGAGAAUUCCCCCCCCCCCCCCAUAUUAUUGGGGCUGAUUAUUGUGCGGUGCUGUUUUGUCAUGGGUUGCAGCGAGAUGCAAUGCAUUUAUUUAAAAGGGAACUCCACCUUCUAAUGAGGAUAUACUGUUCUUCACUUACCACAUGCACUGGUUUCCAGUGGACACUCCCGAACUAUUGUGUAUUUAUAAAAAGUGACCACGUUCUAGUUGCCAUCGGGUGUACAGAAUUACCAUGAGGUAGUUAAUCCGGUGCAGCAUUUAUUAAAAAAAAAAAGUUGCUGUAUAGACAAUGGAUCUUCAUAGUCACUUAGCAUAAUAAAACUUAAAGCAUUUUCACUUGAGAGAGCUUUACAAACCAGUGAAGUCACAGCACUGUAAUGUUAAAGUAAAAAAAGCACCCCUUUUCUGUUUUUGUUAUAUGUUGAAAAUACUGUACGCUGUUGCUAGCAGCUGAGUUACAUCCGUCUUGUAAGGUUUAAAGGAUUUUAAAUGAAAAUAUCCUGCAGUACACUCAAAGCAGGGUUUAUUUCAGAGCAGGCAUACGACCACAGUUAUAAUGUUUCACUACAGUGAGAUAACUGUGCUAUGAUGUGUUUCAACAUCGGGUAUGUUCUUAGCAGAAAAUGUAUUGUACACCUUUCACCAAGACUUAUUUUAAAUUGGGCCUGUUGCCUACACACAGGGGAGGCAUAUGCAUAGUGCGAGUGGAGACCUCACGAGAGGUGCUGUGUGACUGAGGCAUCACUUGGUUGGUAGAAUGAAUAUUUAAAGCCCCCAGUCUGCUUUACACUCUGCAGCUGAAUACAGUUUAAGCCUUUUUAAGUGUUUACGAUAGUGUAGCGAUCGCUCGAGCGUUGAGGUGUCGCCCCCUCCCUGUUCGCUUAUACGCCACUCAUUAUGCUAAAUUGUAUUCUGCUAAGUGUAUGCGGAAACCAGUAUGAUACUUUGUAACAAAGUUUAUUUAACCAUCACAAUACUGACUUCUAUCUUUGGUCUUACCAGCAAGUGUUGUACAAAACCCAUCUUGUGCCUGUGAAAUGUGGAGUGCUUGGGGCUGUCGGAAGAAGGAAGUAUUGUGUCUAUAGGUGCACAUGCAGACACGACUUUUGUUCCCUUUGGUACAGAGUUAAAACUUGAGUAGAGCGGCGAUUUUAGGGACGUUCCAAAAUAAAGCGGCUUAACAAGUCUGUAGUGACAUAAUUGUUUUACCUGUAUUAACAGAAUAAAGCUUUUCCAGCCUGUUAAACCGCAUACUCCAGGUAUUGAUGAUAUUACAGGUUGCCUGUAUGAUUUAUUAAAAACCUAGAACGCAAAAUCUCCAGUUCUGUGAAUUGACGCACAACUACUGGGUACUGUAGGGGCUUUUUGAUGUCCUCUGCCCAAGCUCUUUAAUUUUGACCUGUUCAUUCUGUGCCAGUAGGACUUUAUACAGUGAAUGAACUGGCUGGGUUUGUCUGCUUUCCAUAAGUUAUCUGUUCGAUGUGACGCAUCCUUGAAAGCCAGUAGCACUCCACAUUUCACAGGUUGCACUCUGUACCUAUUAAUUAAUCUGCAUUCUAUUCUUUCAGGCUGGAUUCAGUUUAUGAUUAUUAUUAUUAUUAAUAAUUUCUUUGUUCUUUUGGCUCAUACCAGUCUCUCAGAGACAUUCUGCAGCUAUUAAUCACCUUUUUGGGUGGAGUUAAAAUUUGUUUUUGUUUUUUUGUUUUUUUUUGUUUAUUUUUUUAACUUUUUAACUUUUUGAUGCAUUUUUGCUUGAAAAAGAGCUUGUGAUAUUCACCAAUCUUAUUGAUUGUUCUGUGACUGUGCCCUGCAGAGGUUUAAUAAAACAUAUAAAAAUAA